GUAAAUUGUAUUUGUUAUUACUAGUUUAUACUUUUCAUUUGUGCUAAACAUAACUAUUGGGAGUAAUUUUAGUCCCUUCAUGAAACUAUUUAAGUGUGUGUUCAACGACAACAAAUUGACGCAGUGCUUGGUACACAGUGCUCAUUUUCCAAUUACUUAUUCACACAAACGCAAUGUAUUGUAGUAUCUUUCGGCACAUAGUCCAAUCGCCUGCUGUGUAAGGUGGAUGAUUUCGCCAUUGCGAUGUUUUAAUACAAAAGCUUAAUUGAAAUUCAGUGCUGUCGCCGAACUUAAGAGACAGCACCAUGGACGACGACGGCGAUGAUAAGGAUGACACGAAGAGGAGAACCCGCAACCUUAGCGAAAAGAAGCGCAGAGAUCAAUUUAACAUGCUGGUAAACGAGCUGAGCUCCAUGGUCUCAACAAACAAUCGCAAGAUGGAUAAAUCAACAGUUCUCAAAUCUACGAUCUCAUUUUUGAAGAAUCAUAAUGAAAUAACUGUGAGGUCAAGGGCUCAUGAUGUUCAAGAAGAUUGGAAACCAUCAUUUUUAUCCAAUGAGGAAUUCACAUACUUGGUUUUGGAGGCAUUGGAAGGCUUUGUCAUGGUUUUCUCAGCUACAGGACAAAUCUUUUACGUAUCUGAAAGCAUCACGUCUUUACUGGGUCACAACCCAGUUGACAUUGUCAAUAAAAGUAUCUUUGACCUAGCCUUUGAAGAUGACCGACCAAGCUUGUACAACCUAUUACAGAAUCCUAGUUCUGCAAAUGAAUUAAUGCCAACAGGCAAAGAAAAUGAAAUCCGCUUCCAGUGUCACCUUAAAAGGGGGUCGUUGGACUUUAGAGAUGAUCCUUCUUAUGAACUUGUGCAGUUCAAUGGACACUUUCGAACAAAUAUGGAGCAAGUCGAUAGUGAUGACAUAUCCGCUUAUCAAACAGAUCAUGAAUCAAGGUUGUUAUUCGUCUGCACUGGCAGACUCUACACUCCUCAGUUGAUACGCGACGUAUCUCUAGUGGACUCAAACCGUAGCGAAUUCACUUCGCGACAUAGCCUUGAGUGGAAGUUUUUGUUCCUCGAUCACCGCGCUCCCCCAAUCAUUGGAUACUUGCCUUUUGAAGUACUCGGCACCUCAGGAUAUGAUUACUACCACUUUGAUGAUUUGGAAAAGGUUGUCACGUGUCAUGAAGCUUUGAUGCAGAAAGGCGAGCUUACAUCGUGCUACUACCGAUUUCUAACCAAGGGACAGCAGUGGAUUUGGCUGCAGACACGUUUCUAUAUAACAUACCACCAGUGGAACUCGAAGCCAGAGUUCGUUGUCUGCACCCACAGAGUCGUCAGCUACGCCGAUAUAGCCAAAAGUAUGAAGCAAGAAGGUGCCGAGGCUGAUACUGUGAGCGAGGCGGAGGUCAACCGCGGCGUGUUGAAGGAGGCGCCGUCUGAUGAUGCUAUGGUCUCCAUGUCACCAUCCUACAUGUCUGAAGCGAGCGAUGCCUUUGGAACUUCGUCUUACCAACCGCUGUCUCAAGUCAGUCCGGCAUCCGUGAAGUCGGCUUCGGCAGGCAGUACGACGGGCACAGUCGCGACGGCUGGUACCGCGGCCACAGCGGGCGCGUCCUGGACGCGAGCGUCGCACGUCCGCUACACGGGAUCCGAUACCGCCUCUCUGUCAGGUGAUUCCAGGUCAUCGCAGAGGAAUAAUAUGCGUGAGGCGAGUCACAAGAGCACGGAGCCGGCGCCCGCUCCGCAGCACGGCAUGGGCGCGCAGUACCUCGACCCCGCGCCCUACGUCAGCACCGUCGGCGUGCCCGGCGUCCUCCCCCUCUCCAUACCCCCGCUACCCGUCAUCGUAUCCCCCGACCAAGCCCAGAUGCAGGAGCAGUUGCAACGCAAACACGAGGAGUUACAGCAAAUGAUAGUCAGGCAACAGGAGGAGCUGCGGCAGGUAAAGGAGCAACUCCUGCUAGCCAGACUUGGCAUCCUACAGCCGCUUAUAAACGUUCAAGGUCCGUACAUGAAUCCGGAAGAGAUACAGCAAAACCAGCGUUUACCGGCACAAAUAGUAUACGAGGGGAAUCCGCCGCGCGGCGCCAUCACCGGGUACCCGCAGCAGCACCCGCCGCACCCGCCCGGCCACCACCAGCACAUGCCGCAGUGAGCCCAACACUCCUGGUUGCCAUGACAACCCAAUACACUAUGAAGAGAAACUUUCGAACACGUAUGUAUGCAUUAAACUUGCCAAUUUGUUCUAUAUUCUAAAUAUAAGGAAGCGCAGCUUGUAUCAUAAAAUUGUUCGAUUUCGACCACUUGUAUCGAUGUCCAUGUUUGUUAUCGACAAUUUCGAAAGGCAAUCCAUUUAUACGUUUUGCUUGAAUACGUUGCGGUACAUGUUCAUUUGUAAAUGUGGUACGUUUGUGUUAGUGUAAGUUUCACAAGCUUCUACUUACGCUUGUGUUUGUAAGGGAUACUGUAAAAAUAUUAUUUUCGUGUCCUCGCGUUUUCUGUUCUAUUGUUUCAUGUGUUAAAAGGCUGUGCAAUGGUGCCGAUUCUGUCAGGCACAGACUAAACGUUAUUUAGACUAUUGCUAUCUUUUUCUUCCAUAGUGAAAUUAAUAACGUAAAUAUUAAAUAUGCAAAAUUAGCUAAAACCAAAUAUGUAAGACACUUUUUAAGAUACGCGAAAGCGUGUUUUAUGGAUUUUUUAUUAAUAAUAUUGUAGCCUAAAGUAGCAGUAGUAUCGUUCUCGGACGUUUUCUUGUACUCUAUAUUAGUAAUCGAUAGCAAUUUUCAUAUUCUCUUUUAGUUUGUGAUCAAGAGAGUCAUCACCAAUAUCUAACAAACUAUUUAAUUUUAUAUAUUAGUAAAUGUACAAGUUUAUAUUGUGAGUUGAGGACUAUGGUGUAAUUAUUUUAUAUUUAUUAUUAUUAGGCACAUGAUCAGUACAUAUUGUUUGCAAACCUUUUGUUGUACCGUAGCUUGUUAUCAGAAUCAAGAAACCAAAGUGUUAUUUUAUUUUAAUAUCUACACGAAAACUGAUUUGCUAUCUGUAACGUGCCAUUAUAGUGAAUUCUUCUGACGUUUCACGGUAACAUAUUUUGUAAAGUAAAUAAUGUAUUUUACUGUUUUUUGAUCUCGUUACUGGAUUUAGCGACUAGGUAACAAAUAUGUCUUUUUGAGAUAUUCGGGGCCUGUGAAAUGUCUGUAAAUGUUUUAUUUUACUUUCAAGUUUACUUAUGUAUACUGAGUGUAAAUAGAUUUUUUAGAUAAAUUUAUACUUUACUGGCUUUUGAUUCGUCACAUUGCAGUUUUGUUACAUAUAAAUCAUGAUUUAUUUAUUUCUGCGCUCUUGCGUUUAGACUUGUUAUGUUGUUACUUUAUUUUCGGGACGGUUGGAAUAUUUUAUUUGAGAAUCUAUAACAGUUAUUGUUGGAAUUGAGUUUAUUUUAUUUUAGAUUACCUCAAAACGAAUUGCAUUAUAUUAAUAUUGAUUUAAAAUUGUUUUAAAUUAGUGUUUUAGGUAAGUAUAUGAAGUACCUAAUGUGUAGAAUAUUCUGAGUCAUGUGAUGUAAUGUCGAUUCUAAAUUAUCCGUAUGGCCAGUAGCCAGAUGUAGGAUUCGUGGAAUUUUAUAAGCUCCUCACGCCGAACGCGGUGCGAUGUUGAUGGUAAACUAAUGUGUAUCUUAUUACAAAACGCGAAAAUCAAAUUUCAAUGAAAUAUGAAUGAGUCGCACAUAGUUUGAAAUAAAUUAACAUUGUUAAUAAUUCCCUACUUAGCAAUUUUUAAACAUCGAAUUUUGUAUUUUUUAACUACGCAAGUGAAAUGCCUUCCCUCUCUGGCAUUCGCUAUGAAAAUAAUAGGCGUGGAACUAUAAAGGGUUGGCCAUACACUUAUAAUAUUGUCGCCAAAUGACAAGAAAUCAGAAUAUGAGUCGCGUUUACCGUUGUUACUGUAAGCGACAACGUGGGUUGUGCCAACGACAAAAUAAACAUAUAUUUAAGAAAACAAAAACAUGAGAUAUCCAUGCUCAACGGUGUUUUAUUAGUUAUUAUAUAUUUGUAGAUGCUUACACAACGCACAGUAGUUCGGUUUGUGGAACCUAUUCUGUUACCCGGAUGUAUUGUAUGACUAAAUUGAUGUACAGAUACUUAGGUUUAGGUAUGUAUUUUAAGUAUAAAUGUCUGAAAAGUACCUUAGGUAAUGACUGUAUGGUGUUAUGUACGAUCAGCCACAAAGAGGUUAUAUGAAUGUAUUUCAUUUCUAUGCAGUUAAAUCAAAGUGAGGUCAGAUGAUGUUUGUGGGUGAUUGUACAUAUUUCUAUAUCGGUAUGGCAGUUCUGUUUUCCGUGAUUGUUCCACUACAGUACGCAAUUACGUGUUCUUGUUUAAGUUUCAUACUAUUUUAUAUAUUUUAUAUCGGUUAAUAUUUACUUGACGUAAGUUUGAAAGGUUGAUUAGUUUAAUUUAAGCGACAUGCCUUUGUACAAUUUAAUAAGUCACAUGGAAAUUCAUAUCUUUUUUGUUUAUUUUUUGUUUUCAAGAGGUUUAGUUUAGUUACCUCAGCAGUUAUUAUUAAAUGAUUUAAGAUUAAAAUCACAUGAGUCCGUUCGUGACAUUUGCGUUACGUAACUGCAAAUGUUCCUUUUAUGUGGACAUCUAUCUGUCUGAUUUAUGAUAGCAACACAUGGUUCAGAUAUUAAAGGGAUCCCCGCAAAAAUACAUAUUCGUAGAUGUGUGUUAAGAUUAGCAUAAACUAUUUUAAACUUUCAUCUGAAUUUUGAACUUUUUGGAUAAUAUUGUAGCUAAUUAUUCAUAGAUACAAGUAGAUAAUUUUCAAUGUCAAUAAUAAUAGAAUUCAUAUAACCAAAUGCCAUUUUCGAGUCGAAACUAGUUAUUAAGAUUAAAUUUUAAUUUAAUAUGAGAUGGUAUGUGAGGGCAACGCUUAGAUGACGAAGACAAUUGUGUGAAACGGAUCAUGUAUUCUUUAGUCCUUCCGCGAGUAAACUAACAAAUUUUAUUUAAUUUUAAUUUAAUUAGUUCAAAGACAACUUAGGGCCAGCGCAGGCAGAAAGCAGCGCAGCGACGAGAUUUUUAUUACACUCAAAAAACAUCAUUAAACUACAGAUGUAAAGUACAUAUUUCUUUGUAAAUGUGUCUUAAAAAUAUAUCCUGCGCUCCUCUCGGUCUUCGCUAACCCUGAAUAAAGCAAUUCGUUUCAUUUGCACUAUUUGCUUCGGCAAAAAUCAUUUUUAGAUCAUUGUUUUAUAACAUAACCAUACAUUUUGACAUGCUUGUCAAAUCAUUCUGUAUGAUAUUAAUGUUUGCAUUCACUUUUGUAUACUAAAUUGUAAUAUGUAACAGCUGAUUUACAACAGCUGAUUUUGGAAAACAUUUAUACAAUAUAUUGUAUGUCGGGUUGUGGUUCAGAUGAUCAAAUAAUAAAUGCAUGCAAUACUAAAUAUUUACCAAACAUUUUGCUCUUUUGAAAGCAAAUACGACGGUAAUUCAGUGAAUGUUUAAUACACCACAGAACACUAAAGAACCACAACGCUGAUUAAUUUUAUUUACGCGCUUACAAUGACAGAAUUGUAAUUCAUUACGAAGGAAUACAGGGUAUUG